CUGUCCGCGGGCACAGCCCCUGGGACUCGCCUGAAAUGGCUGUCUGAGGCCAGGCCCCCAGUUCGCCGCAGCAGGUGCCUCUGUUCCCGUUAGCAGCAGAUGGUGGACACUGCGUUUGCACUGGGUUUCAUUUGUAUGUAAUUAGGUGGAAUGUUUGCGUGAUUCCCCGUCAGGUCUACGGAAUAAGAUAUAACCAGAGAAUUCAGUCUCUCCCCUCAUUCGCCCCCUCUCCUGAAGUAACAGGUUUACAUUUUUAUAGCUUCUCCUAAAACUUUAAAAAUAGAAGCAGUGGUGCAUGUGAGCCCGCACACAUGCUUCCCCUCCUGUUCUUGGCAAAGGCCUCGUCCUGCACACGCUCCUCUCGCCUAGCGUUCCUGGCCGAGCCUGGCGGCUGCCCGUGGUAGAUUCUAGAUGUGCCCCCACUGUCACUUUCGGCCGCCUGGGGCCCGCUGUGUGGCUGGGCCCGCGUCACUCACGCCGGCUGCUGGCCUUGGGGUGGCCCCGGACUUGGCUCCCAGGAGCGAGCGGCCGCAGGGAGCAGCCUCCUGCGCCGUCCCUCUGUGAUGAGGCCCCUUGGGAGACGGCGCCCGCUGCCUCAGCCAUGGCCAGCGGGACGACUUUUUGUCCACCACCUACUGGACGGCUCUCCCUCGGGGCGAGUGGAUCGGGGACAGCCAGAGGACCCCUGCGCUGUCUGGAGCCCCCUCCUGCCUUCCUGACGUGUCCUUCGUGGACACGGCUCGUUUACGACACGCCUCAGCCCCCAGGCCUCAUCGGCUCAGUGCCCACGCCGAAGCUGGGAAAAGGAAGAGAACCCGCGGAGAGCCCCAGGAAGGCCUCGGGAGACGCCCCAUCCUCCGGGAUGUCCGUAGGUGCAGGGGUCCGAGGGAGGAAGACUGGUAGGCGGCCGGCUGACCGGACAGGACAUCCCUGCGUCUGGGUCAGGACCUUGGACAGCGGCGCCCGGGCCCAGCACUGCGUCGGGGGAGCUGGGAAUCCGGCCAGCAGGUGGCGCUGUCGCACCCACAGGACCCGGCUGAUUCCUGGGCGGCUGAGCGAGGCUGGGGAGACCCACCCAGGCACCAGGCGGGGCGCCGACCUCAGGGCGCCUGAUGGAACACGGGGCGUUGGGAAGACAAGCAUGAGAUCAAGCAGCCUGCUGCCCAGCCACAGGCAGGAAGUUCACAACAUUCCGACGGCGAGACGCCCGGACCUGGUUGGCAUUCGGUGAUGGCAGCGGCCCCGGGGCGGUGCAGCUGGUCACCCCGCCUGGCAGACGGAGAGACGGGCCCGAGAGGCUGUGCCUGAGCCCAGCCGCCUGCAGCGCGAGCCCGUUCUGCCCCCUGGCGUUGUGUCAUGUGCCCUUCGCGGGACCCGCGUCGGCCUGAUCUGACCCUGAGGCCCGCUGCCCAGCAGGUGCUCCUGUGGCCCCUGCAGUGUGUGCCUGGGGAGGGAACACAGGCCGCCCUGCACUCGGUCACGGGCUCCUCAGACCCGCGGCCACACCUGGAGACGGAGCCAUGAAGGAGACGCCCGGGACGGUCUGCUUGUUCUAAGGGCACCUCCGGGAGCGUGUUUGCCCCCCGAGCGGAGCCGGGCCCAGUGGAAGGCCGGCUGUCCGGGUCCUGGAGGAGGGUCCAGCCGGGAGGAGCCCCUCUGCGGCAUUUCCCCGGCCCAACCUGCGCCCCGUGCUCCCAGCUGUCCCGGCGGAACCGGAACCGAUGUCCUCAGCUCUUCUUGCUGCUUCUUUCUCACCUUUUCAGGGUCACAGAUCAGCCUUUUUGGGAAAAGUGGCGUUUUUUAAAACCCUGUUGUCCCUGUGUGGACUCACCUCAUUAUCCAGAACCUUCCGUACGCAGAGCCGGCUGAGUCAGGCCCUUUUCUAGACACGGAAGUCCGUCUGUCUCAAGUGCGUCUGCCUGUCCCUGGACGUCCUGCCACCAUGUGUUCCCAGCCUCCUGCCUCCUUCAAAAAUAACGCCGACGCUCUUUUUCUCAUUAUAACGUGGCCCCGUUCACUGUGGAAACGUAGGGAAACAUGAAUGAGAACGAAGGAGGGAAAUAAAACCACCCCCGAUCCCAUGGGCAGUUUCAUUGUUUUUUCACCGAAUAUCGUUUUGUGAUCGCUCCUCCACAAAGCCGCUUCCUCUGUGGUCAGGACCCAGGCUCAUUUGUCCUGUCCUUUUCCGUCCGUAGUUUCCCGCGUCGCAUGAGCCGCGUGGUCACGCGCCCCUCUGGCUCGGCGUCUGGCUUAUUUCCGUGGCACCAGCGCUGGGGCAGGACACGCACAGCAACGCCACGGAGUCCGGCCUCGGCCCCUGCUGUCGGGGC